GUCUGUUGAGCGAGAAGGUCGCUCACCCGUCGCUCUGCAUCCCAGCCGCUCCCCUUCUCGCCUGUUCUGGGAAAGGUUUUGCAUCUAACCUUCCGCGCUUCAAUUGACUCCAUCCAAUUAUGUGUUACACUGGAUCAACAGAGAAGAUUCGACGAAAACCGCUAAGCUGAGACUCGCAUCCAAAUAAUGAUUCGUUCCUAAGGUCUGUCAUACACCCAUUCUGCAAGCUAAUAUGGCACUUACUGCUCGGUAUUACAUCAGCUGGAUAGCAGUCGUCCUGCUCCUGACGGCAGGUAUGGCGAUGGGAUCACUGGAAGUCCAGGAUGUUGAGAAUGAAGAUGAAAAUCUUUUAUUUCCGUCACCUCCAACUCGACAGGAGUUGUAUGAAGCAGCCGAAGAUAUGUGGGCCAGAGUACAUGCCCUAAACACACUGGCCCCAGAAUUUCAGGGCCAAAAUAAUACAGAAAUUGUGGCUCAGGUGGGGGGCGAGGUGAAGUUCAGUUGUUAUACAUAUCACCUCUCGGACGAAAUGGUGACAUGGCUGAAGAGGGACGAUGAUUAUUUAAUAACAGUCGGACAGCAAGUCUACGCGACUGAGGCGAGGUUUUCAGUGGUACAUUCAGACCAUGCUGAGGCCUGGGAAUUGUGGAUCAAAGAUGUCCGGGAGUCUGACGCCGGACAGUACGAAUGUCAGCUGACGACUUACCCUCCUGUGUCAUUCUUUUUCAACUUGGUGGUUACAAGGGCAGAAGCCGCCAUUCGUGGACCCAGCGAAGUUCAUGUAGAGGAGAGUUCUCUGCUCUCUAUUGAGUGCCACGUCCUAAAUGCUCCAUCUCCUCCUGUAUACAUCUUCUGGUAUCACAAUAACAGUAUGGUGAAUUAUGGCAGACACAAAGCAUUAGGGGUAAAGCACACCAACUUCUCAAGCACUUUAACUCUUGCCAAAGUAAGAGCCACCGAUGCUGGUAUGUGGACUUGUGAGCCAUAUUUGGCAGUUCCUGCUAAUAUCACCGUUCAUGUCGUCAGCGGGAAGCAGCCAGCGGCGAUGCAGCAUGGAAGAAAAGGCGACCAGCAAAAAUCUUCUGCCUCGGGCUCGUCGAGCGCCUUGCUCUAUGACGACGAUCUCAGCUGGCUGUUGGGGUUUCUGAUCUUUCUGCUCUUCGAAUUGGCUUCUGUUUCCGUCAAUAUUCUGGAGGUCGUCUCGUUUUUGGAAAUUUCUAGACGUCCUAUGUCUGAAUUCUUGAACAGCUUUGAGACCAAAAAUAAAUAA